GAGAGUUUACAGCAAAUUCAACAGGCAGGGCGGAACUGCUGUUUGCAAUGAGGAGCACGGACAGCCUGGCACAUACACACGUCUAAACGGCUACGGUUAGUCUGCCAGCGUGAGAGGUUAAAUCCCGAGGUUUUUUUUCCCAACGAUAAGGCGGACAUUAUCGCGGCUUGUUUAAUGCUGUUCUGGAGGUGUUUGAACUUCCCUCACAUUUCCCCCGACGCAUUUCCACGAAGGGAGGCGGCAGCGGAUCGCUCGGCAGCCAUCUUUGGACCUGUCUGGGAGUGGGAUCUGACUGCUCUGGCACCCCAGUUACUUGAAGGGUGGGGAUUUUAACCUGUAACAAUUCACAAAUGUGCGCGUUAUAAUCGACUGACAGCGUGAAGAACCACAAGGAUUUGGCGCACGAAGUUAUCUCACUGGUGAUGAAACGGAGGGGAUACUUUUCAAAUCCCAAACUGUUUUGAAUUAGCGACAUUCUCCACAGCGCUGAAGCCUGGCCUGUCAAAAGAGGUUCUGAACACAUAUGAAACCACUGUCCUGCAGAUGAGUCAUCAGUGGGGGCUUUCACGUCGCUGUCGCAGACCCAGAUAGUUCCUGGCGGCAGCGGCAUUGCCCCCGACCCCUAAUUAUGCCCAAUAACAGUCGGGCGGGGAACCUCAAGGACCCCGAAAUUGCUGAACUCUUCUUCAAGGAGGACCCGGAAAAGCUCUUUACGGAUCUUCAUGAAAUUGGACAUGGCAGCUUUGGUGCUGUAUAUUUUGCACGGGACGUGCAGACAAAUGAUGUGGUGGCCAUCAAGAAGAUGUCAUAUAGUGGGAAGCAAUCCAGUGAGAAAUGGCAAGACAUAAUCAAAGAAGUGAAAUUCCUGCAACGAAUACAACACCCAAACACCAUAGAGUACAAAGGAUGCUACCUACGAGAGCACACUGCAUGGCUGGUAAUGGAGUAUUGCCUUGGCUCUGCUUCCGAUUUGUUAGAAGUUCACAAGAAACCUCUGCAGGAAGUUGAAAUAGCUGCAAUUACACAUGGUGCUCUUCAAGGUUUGGCUUAUCUUCACUCCCAAAACAUGAUUCACCGAGAUAUCAAGGCAGGAAACAUCUUGCUGACAGAGCCAGGGCAGGUAAAACUAGCAGAUUUUGGCUCUGCUUCCAUCGCCUGUCCUGCAAACUCCUUUGUUGGGACUCCAUAUUGGAUGGCCCCAGAAGUAAUUUUAGCUAUGGAUGAAGGUCAAUAUGACGGAAAGGUGGAUAUUUGGUCUAUGGGUAUAACCUGCAUUGAAUUAGCUGAGAGGAAGCCGCCACUCUUUAACAUGAAUGCAAUGAGUGCCUUAUACCAUAUAGCACAGAAUGACAGCCCCACACUGCAGUCUAGUGAAUGGACGGAUUAUUUCCGAAACUUUGUAGAUUCUUGCCUUCAGAAAUUACCCCAGGAUAGGCCAAACUCUGAGGAGCUCCUAAAGCAUGCAUUUGUCCAGCGUGAACGACCUGAAUCGGUUUUAAUAGACUUGAUAAACCGGACAAAGGAUGCAGUACGGGAGCUAGACAAUCUGCAGUAUCGCAAGAUGAAGAAGAUCUUGUUUCAGGAAGUCCACAAUGGCCCAACAACACAAGAUGAAGAGGAGGAGCCAGAACCAAGUGUGAGUAGGACGGGUACAGUGAACAGUGUGGGGAGCAACCAAUCCAUCCCCAGUAUGUCAAUCAGUGCCAGUUCGCAGAGCAGCUCUGUUAAUAGUUUAACAGAUGCAGGUGAUGACAAAAGUGAGGCAGACAUUGAAGGGGACCACACAGUAAUGUCCAACAGCUCUGUCAUACAUGUCAAACAAGGAGAAGAGACAUGUAACCAAGAUUUACAGACUCACAACCAGCCAACUGAGCGGCAGUCCCCUCCUCCACACACGCCACGGCCAAGAAGAAACCGUGAACACUUUGCCACAAUACGCACAGCUUCAGUGCUCACUCGCCAGAUUAAGGAGCAUGAGCAAGAUUCUGAGUUAAGGGAGCAGAUAUUAGGCUACAAGCGCAUGAGGCGACAGCAUCAAAAACAGCUGAUGGCUCUGGAAAACAAGCUGAAGACUGAAAUGGAUGAGAACAGACUCCGUCUGGACAAGGAGCUGGAGAAUCAGAGGAAUAGCUUCGCCCAAGAGAUGGAGAAACUGAUAAAGAAACACCAGGCAUCCAUGGAGAAAGAUGCAAAAACCUUUAGCAAUGAUGAAAAGAAGUUUCAGCAACACAUCCAGAGUCAACAGAAAAAAGAGCUCAACAGUUUUCUUGAAAACCAGAAACGGGAAUACAAACUUCGCAAGGAGCAACUUAAAGAGGAAUUGAAUGAAAACCAGUCAACUCCCAAGAAAGAAAAGCAGGAGUGGUUGUCAAAACAGAAGGAGAACUUCCAAAACUAUCAAGCAGAAGAAGAGGCCAAUUUACAGCGCAGACAGAGGCAGUAUCUGGAACUAGAAUGCCGCAGGUUCAAAAGGAGGAUUUUGACUACUCGCCACAGAAUCGAAAAGGAUCUAUUGCGAGAGGAGCUAAGCAAGCGUCAAACCCAGAAGGACUUGGAACAUGCUAUGCUUCUCCGGCACCAUGAGUCCAUGCAAGAGUUGGAGUUCCGCCAGCUUAACAAUAUCCAAAAGACGAGGGCUGAGCUGAUCCGACUACAGCACCAGACGGAGCUUACCAAUCAGCAGGAGUACAACAAGCGAAGGGAGAGAGAACUCAGACGCAAACAUGCUAUGGAGGUUCGCCAGCAACCCAAGAGUCUCAAGUCCAAAGAGCUACAGAUCAAGAAGCAGUUCCAGGACACAUGCAAGAUCCAGACUAGGCAGUACAAAGCACUGAGGAACCAUCUGCUGGAGACGACACCAAAGUCAGAGCACAAAGCUGUCCUUAAACGGCUGAAGCAAGAGCAGCACCGCAAACUUGCCAUUUUGGCCGAGCAGUAUGACCACUCUAUCAAUGAAAUGCUUUCUACUCAGGCGCUUCGUCUGGACGAGACUCAGGAGGCUCAGUGCCAAGCCCUACGAAUGCAGCUACAGCAAGAGCUGGAGCUUCUCAACGCCUACCAGAGCAAGAUCAAGAUGCAGACAGAUGCCCAACAUGAGCGUGAAAAGAAAGAUCUGGAGCAGAGGGUGUCACUCCGAAGGGCCCUGCUGGAAACAAAGAUUGAGGAAGAGAUGCAGUCCUUGCAGAAUGAAUGCUCAGAGCGAAUCCAGAGCGUGCUGGAACGCCAAGCCAGAGAAGUUGAGGCUUUUGACUCUGAGAGUAUGCGCCUGGGCUUUAGCAACAUGGUGCUAUCAAACAUCUCUCCAGAGGCCAUGGGCAAUAACUUUCCCGGGGCUCAAGUAAGUUGGUGUCAACAUCAGCAGCAGCACCCAUCUGGAAGCUCUCAAGGUGCACACUGGGGCAGCAGCAGCUCAGGUGCAGGGUUCAGUCACCAAGGCAGUUACCAUCGAUAUCACUCUAGUCCAGGAGGGGCAUCUAUGCAGCAUGGCUGGGGACAGGGCAUACAGGGAGGAGGGGAUUCGACACCAUGGGGCCACCCAUCAGCUGGAGUUCUGGGCGCACGCACUAGUGGUAUUCAGAACAGCCCCCAGGGGAUGGGAAGGACACCCUCGGGAGGGCACAGUGAGCAGGGAAUGAGCAGGAGCACCAGUGUGACCUCUCAAAUAUCUAACGGGUCCCACCUCUCCUACACAUAGAUCCCUCAUCAGCCAUGGAGUCAAGAAUCCAAUUGCGGGGAAUCUAAAAACACAUCAAGGCAGAGCUCUACUGCUCUGUCUCUCUCAGACACUACCCCACCAUUUACCAUUUCUCCCAUGUACAGAUGUGGAUGUGUGAUGAAAUAAAUGUUGCUCAGGUCAAAAGGGCUGGAAAAAGCACAGCCCGCCCUCACGGCAGUUUAUCGGCACACAUACAGAUCCUUAAAAUUUAUGUUACAUAAGCAGUUUGAGUGUCAAUAUGUUACUUUCAUUUGUGUUAGUUACAGUUCUCUCCUAAGGAGGAUUUAAAAAAAUAAAUAAAUAAACAAACAAAAAAAAACAUAAGUUUGUGCUACUCACAGCCAUUGCUCUCAUUUUGCACAUGAAACACUGUUAAAAGCCUUUGACAUGUGUUAACUUUGUCCUUUUUUAAAUGUAUCAAACAAUCACAGAACUGAUUUUAUUCAGGACCUCCCUUCACUCUCCCCAUUCGUAUUCAGAUAUACACUGGGCAAUUGUUUGAUGGUGGUUACAAACGCAGCAGAGUGGAAGAUGCUUGUGAUGCCAGCCUGCUGUAAUGGUCAUCAUGAUGACUUCGAUUCCUCUUAUCUUAGUUUUAUUUCCUCUACCAAAAUGAAACAUUACAGAUUCAGAGCCAAAUAAUCUAGUCUUAACUGUUUCACACAUAUGCUACAACUAUCCUACAGUGCCUUUUUAACCUAUGAUAACUGAAAUUAGUCUCAGAUCUUUAUAGUUUAAGUUUCCUUCAUCCAUUUCUUAUCAGUGUUAGCUUCUUUUGUUUAGCCUAUUUUAGCAGGUUUUCAGACAUUUUCCUCAGAUUCAGUACAGUUGGUUUAAGUCCUAUGUAUGUCGAGAAACAGAACAUUACUGGUGCAUAUCUGCAACCAGUUUUCAUGCCUUCACAUGGUACUUGAGGGGGAAACCCCUGCGUUACAGAGAGUGUCACUGUACAUGUUCUCAGAAGGAAUUGUGACUUAUUGGCCUUCAUAAAGAAUCCUAAUAUACAUCUGUUUAUUUUUAUUAGUGCCUUUUAAAACUGCUGCCUUGUUCAAAGCACUUUAUAUAACUAAAUGUGUGUGAAAUUUAAUAGUUGACUUCUUUUCACAAAGCACCUGGUGAGUGAUCAUUGGUACGCAUGUUAAGUUUAGGAGUCAGACUUAGAUGUGCUGUGAUCCAUUUUCUUUUUUUCUUUAGAGCAAUUUCCCAAGUACAGAGUACAACUACACCCAAUACAAUUGUAACUAAGGAGAUUGCCAGUCAGUGAAGCUAUGGCUGUUGUUGCUCACAGUUGUGUUUAUGUUAAAUUCCAAGUGAAUAGAAUAUGUGAGGAUGGUGCUUUUUUGUUGUGUGUGCGUAUGUUUUGACUAGAGUUUCUAUGAAGUGAUGUGAGUAAACUGGAGAGUUUAUUAUGGCAGGCAGGAAGUUAGGGUUAAUUGUCAUGACCAUAACAGCAGGCUUGGCACAACUAAAUAUGAAAACACUGGGCCCAAGUAAGCAACACUAAUAAUUUAAAAGGUGCUAAGUUAAUAAUGUUACACCAAGUCAUUGAACCCCAAAACUUGGGUGACUGAAUCGAGCACACGCUUGCAUUUUGACGUUGUAGCAUGUAAAACUUGGUCAGUGCACAGUUGCACAAAAAACACAAGCCAAGUGCGAAAUAUAUGUGGCAAAAAACACUUCCUUUCCUCCUCUGAAUUAUGUCCAUGUCUGCAUUCUUCCUCUCUUUCUCUCUCUCCAGUUCGUAGUUAAUGAGGUAUCGCUGGAGAAGUAUGUUCCCAUUUUACCUUUUAACAGCCUCUCCAUUCAAGUGAGACUUGGCAUUUUGACACUGAGAAUAUAAAACACUUUAAAGAUAAUUCUCUGGAGUUGGCAAAAGUGACUGCUCCUCCUCACAAAGCUGGAAUUUAUGUGUGUGUAUGCGUGUGUAUGGUUUUUUUUUUUUUUAAUUGCAGGAAUUUUAAAUGUAAAGCCACAUUUUAAGAAAAUAAUUUCUAAAAACUGACAGACUACAGUGACAUGUGUAAACCUUUCACGCUCAGAGUUUAGGUGUUAAGUUGUGUGGACAUAUCUCAAUGUUACGCUUGGUUUGUGUACACUGACAAAUUGCCUUUACUAUCAUCUUUAAAUACCACUCGUUUAGUCACCAUCUCUGAGUAUUGCCACUGCGGAGUUAGUUCUCUGUCACUGCACACAUUUGACCAUUUGUCUCCAUUCCACUCUGAUUCAGAGCCACCCUUUCAGAUGCUGGCUCUUUCUGAAUGUUGUUUGUUGCUCUAUUCCUAUCAUAUUUGAGGACACACAAAAAUGCUGGGAUAUUUUUCUUUCUAGGUGGGAUUUUAACUUUCAUUAUGUAUAUAUUCUGCCUAGAAAGUAUGCAUUGUAUCAAGUUACAUAUGGUUUGGUCCUGAAACUUUUUUUUUCUGUUAUGCCAACUGAUUAGUUCCAGCUACUGUAACAAAACAGGUUGUAGUCAUCUUUUUUUUUUUUUUUUUUUUUUUUUUUUUUUUUUUUUGAGUUAUUCAUGUUGUAAAGAAGAUGAGAAUGUAUUUAUCUUUAUUGGAUUGUUACUAUAUUCAUAGGCCACAGCCAAGAGUUUGAAUGUUAGGUCAAUCAGACCUCACAUAGAUGCCAACUUUGUUUAUGCAGACACAUUUUGUUCACUUUUGUGUGAUAGUUUUGUGUGAGGGAACCUGGAUUUUGUUAUCAGUCGAAAGACUUCUCCACCAGCCUGGAUUUGAUUUUGUUUUGUUUUAUUUGUUUGACUUUAACUUUCAGAUAUUUCUCCUACUGACUGAAAGCAUGUAGGAUACUGAAUGAGAAUCAGCGACAGAAAAUAGCGAUCCUUUUUAUGGUCCAACACUGUGCCAUACCUUAGUUGCCAAGCCCAGAUACCACUGCAUUUGUUUCAUCUCCAUGGUUGUAACCUAUCAUUGGGCUGACCACAUGUAAUGUAUGAAACAAAACAACAAGGUUCUGGUCUAGUGGCCAAAGUAAAAAGGCUUGAAAAGAUGAUGGGGUGACAGGCAAAUUCUGAAAAAGAUAUUGCAUUUCUUUGAAGAUGUCAGUAUUGUUUGCCACAUUACCACUACAACUUAUAACCUAUAAUAAAAUGUAUAGAUGGUGGAACUUGUUAUUGAAUGUCAGAGAGAUUAUGAAGAUACUACAUAAGAUAUGGUAAAGUACAAAAAGUGGAUUUAAAUUGUGUACAAAUAUUGAUAAGCAGAAUUAAAAAUAAGAUCAAAUUUACUAUAUUGUUUGUAUUGUAUUUACUAUUGUGUGGGCAGAGGGAUAUUGAACAGAAAUCAGCUGUAAUAAAGUAAUUUUAGUAUGGCUUA